GGAGCCAGCAGGUUCUUGGUGAAGCACUUGGCACGCAUCGGAGCUCAUUUCUCCUCAUCGCGGCCCUGUAAGGAAGUUUGGGGCUGAGAUCCAAAAAGAACUGGGUGCAAGCCUCCAGGCACCCUGAGGGGAGUGGGCUGAGGGCUGGCCCAAGUUCCCUCCUCCCCCUCUGCAGAGCCUAGGAUGCCCCUCCGCCGCAGCAGCUCCUGAGCUCAUGGAGCCCUCAGCCACCCCAGGGGCCCAGAUGGGGGUCCCCACUGGCAGCAGGGAGCCAUCCCCUGUGCCUCCAGACUAUGAAGACGAGUUUCUCCGCUAUCUGUGGCGCGAUUAUCUGUACCCAAAACAGUACGAGUGGGUCCUCAUCGCAGCCUAUGUGGCUGUGUUCCUCGUGGCCCUGGUGGGCAACACGCUGGUCUGCCUGGCCGUGUGGCGGAACCACCACAUGAGGACGGUCACCAACUACUUCAUCGUCAACCUGUCCCUGGCUGACGUUCUGGUAACUGCCAUCUGCCUGCCGGUCAGCCUGCUGGUGGACAUCACUGAGUCCUGGCUGUUCGGCCAUGCCCUCUGCAAGGUCAUCCCCUAUCUACAGGCCGUGUCCGUGUCAGUGGCAGUGCUGACUCUCAGCUUCAUCGCCCUGGACCGCUGGUAUGCCAUCUGCCACCCACUAUUGUUCAAGAGCACAGCCCGGCGGGCCCGUGGCUCCAUCCUGGGCAUCUGGGCUGUGUCGCUGACUGUCAUGGUGCCCCAGGCUGCAGUCAUGGAAUGCAGCAGUGUGCUGCCCGAGCUAGCCAACCGCACACGGCUCCUCUCAGUCUGUGAUGAACACUGGGCAGAUGACCUAUAUCCCAAGAUCUACCACAGUUGCUUCUUCAUUGUCACCUACCUGGCCCCACUGGGCCUCAUGGCCAUGGCCUAUUUCCAGAUAUUCCGCAAGCUCUGGGGCCGCCAGAUUCCCGGCACCACCUCAGCACUGGUGCGAAACUGGAAGCGCCCCUCAGACCAGCUGGGGGACCUGGAGCAGGGCCUGAGUGGACAGCCCCAGCCCCGGGCCCGCGCCUUCCUGGCUGAAGUGAAGCAGAUGCGUGCGCGGAGGAAGACAGCCAAGAUGCUGAUGGUGGUGCUGCUGGUCUUUGCCCUCUGCUACCUGCCCAUCAGUGUCCUCAAUGUCCUUAAGAGGGUGUUCGGGAUGUUCCGCCAAGCCAGUGACCGCGAAGCUGUCUACGCCUGCUUCACCUUCUCCCACUGGCUGGUGUACGCCAACAGUGCUGCCAACCCCAUCAUCUACAACUUCCUCAGUGGCAAAUUCCGGGAGCAGUUUAAGGCUGCCUUCUCCUGCUGCCUGCCUGGCCCGGGUCCCUGCGGCUCUCUGAAGGCCCCUAGUCCCCGCUCCUCUGCCAGCCACAAGUCCUUGUCCUUGCAGAGCCGAUGCUCCGUCUCCAAACUCUCUGAGCAUGUGGUGCUCACCAGCGUCACCACAGUGCUGCCCUGAGCGAGGGCUGCCCUGGAGGCUCCAGCUCGGGGGAUCUGCCUCUACCCCUCAUGGAAAGACAGCUGGAUGUGGUAAAAGGCUGGGGCUUCAGUCCUGGGUUUCUGCCUGUGUGACUCUGGAUAAGUCACUUGCCCUCUCUGAGCUUGUGUCCCCUAAGCAGGGUUGAUGUGAGGAUUAAGCAUGCUGAAGCAAGUGGAAAGCUCCCUGUAAA